CUCUUUAGAUUUGUGGAGAACCUCACAGCAAGGCAGCUGAGAUGGGCGUGGGUCACUUUGAGAUCAGAUGGAUCUGGACCUCUAUAUUUAUCUCAGGUGUUCUGGCUGGUGACUGGGUGGUACGUGUUCCAGAGAGUCCAAUCCGCGCCCCUCGUGGUUCCUCUCUGACGGUGCCCUGCACCUAUGACUUCCCCGAGGACUCGGCGCAGGGAACGCCUUUCAAAGUGCGUUCUGAGAUGUGGUGUCGGAACCAGAGCUUAUGCAUCACGGCCACCUACGUCUACCACAGCAAUGGAAUCUUUCCAGACCCCGCGUACCGGGGCAGGGUGCAGUACCUGGGCACGACAGGGUCCAAAAACUGCUCUUUCAGGAUAUCUGACCUGAGGACCACUGACAGCGGCGUCUAUGUGUUCCGCUUUAUCACGAACCACCCGGUGAAAAAGCUGCCAGCCCAGAGGGGAUUUACUCUACAAGUAACAGAUGGUAGCGGUUUCUCCUUUACUGGCAUUGUGCUGGGAGUCGUCCUCACGUUGAUAGCAGUAGUCAUUAUUGCUGUUUGUGUAAGAAGGCGUAAACGCUCAAGAUCACUUCGGACAGCAACUAAUGCUGACGGCAUCCUUUGAACGCUGUCCAGUGUACAGAUCAUUGUACACCAACAUGUCAAGAUCAGGUCAAUGAAUGAAUGAAGCUGUAAAGAGACUGCAAACUAGAGACAUUUUAUUUUCCAUCUAGUGCCCAAUAGUGUUAAUUUGCUAUAUCAUUUUUAUGCUCACCUUCAAAUUGUUCAAAUUUGACCAUGAAAAUAACAAGAGGCAGCCUGUUAUUAAUAUUUAUUUACUAUGGCAUUGUAUUUAAUGUAAUUGUACCAGUAUAUGGUGGCAACUACCAUAAGUAGGAUGAAAACAUAAACUCUAGUGUUCCAACUUCUAAGCACAUAUACUACAUAUUCCUACAAUGCACUGUAAAUGAACUAAUAAAUGUUUGAGUGUUAAUCUCUUGUAUUAAAGAUAUAAACCUGUUUUUUUCUGAAAUAUUGUCAUCCAUGACACUUGUCAGCUGAGGAUUA